GCCGGGGGCGUGGCCUGGCGGACAGUCGGGCCAUCUAUGACAUGUCACAGGCUCCGAGCAUUAUCGCGCCCGUGAGCAGGGAGGACGCCGGCGUUUCCCGAAAGUCGGGUGGCGGUGGCGGUGGUGCGCGCGGUCCCGGCUAUAGUGGUCUCCCUCCUCUCAAGUGACUCCUCUGUUGAUCGGCUCCGGUGUCGCUGGGUCGUCCCUGCACUGGCGAUUGCCGUAAACUAUUUGGAUUAUUCUUUUUUACGGCCGUGACUGCUUAUAAACCGAUCCCGUCCAGGAUAAAUAUUAUUAAAUUUCGGUAAACAAAACAGAGCACGAUGGACAGUGGCAAGUCGGAGACGCACGAUGCCGCCGGGCCGAUGGCGGCCGCCGAGCCGACCAAGCCGGUCUACAUGGACUACAGCCGCGAGCUGCGGCCGCCGGCCAUACAGAUACCGACCAUCAUCGAGCACCGACUGGGAGACGAGGCGGGCCAGCUCAGCUACCCGCAGUACCCGCACAUCUACGGCCACCAGAGCGUGCCGGAGCCGGCCGACUACGGCACCCAGUCCCCGGCGCCGACCGGGUACGGUACUCAGUCACCCGCCCCUGCUGGUUACGGCACCCAGUCACCGGCUCCGGCUGGUUACAGCACCCAGUCUCCCGCUCCAGCCGGGUACGGCCAUCCAGCGCCGCCAGAGACCGACUACGGCGGCCAGUCUCCCGCUCCAGCGAGCUACGAGGCCGUGAAGCAGGCGGGCUACGACCUCGCUCCGCCUGACGGCUACGGCGACAGCUACGAGAUGCGAGACGGUGAGUUCCCUCGGCCGGUGCAGGCGUGGCCUACCGGCGCCGACGGCGGCUUUCUGCAUCCCCGCGCCGAGUUCGCCGCGCCGCCGCACUCUGGCGACGACCGCGGCGCGCUGCGGGACGACGGUACCGGUACCCAGCUGCGGUACGAGGCGGCGUACCGCUCUGAUAGCCGGUACCUGCGACAGAGCUCGCCGGCUGGCGCCGUACCCUCGCCGCCGCCCCUGCAGGCCGCCAAGUUCGACACCGAGCCGGCCGACUCCGUCCCGAAACAAUAUGACACCGACGGCGCUCUCACCGUGCACAAGUACGACCCGGAUGGAAUGCACAAGAGUUAUGAGGCGGAUGGAAUGCCGAUGGGUAAACCAUACGACACCGAUGGAAUGCACAAGGGCUACGACGCGGACGGAAUGCAUAAGGCGUACAACGGCGACAGUAUGAGCAAACCGUACGACACAGAUGGCCUUCCUGUGCACGACAGCUACGACGGAGACGUGAUGCACAAGCCGUACGACACCGAUCGGCUUCCCGUGCACAAAGCUUACGACACAGACGGCAAUCUGCCGAUUCACAAACCGUACGACGAGCCAGGCAAGUUUGAUGCCAUGGGAAAGCUAUACGAACAAUCUCCAGUGGAGGGGGAGAAGGAAGGCUUCCCCUACUCGCCGAGCUCGCUAAAACAGGCCACCAUAAAGAUGGAGAGUCUGACCACGUACGACACUAACGGGAUGCCGUGCUCAGAAGAGUCCGAUAAACCACCGGAGGGGGAGGCGACACAGGAAGGGAUGGCGGCCGCAGGAGCCACCGGAGCCAGCUCAGGAGGAUCCGCAGCAGGAGCCGCCUCAGGAGCAGCCGGCUCAGGAUCAGGCACCGAGCAGGAGAAGUCCGGGACCGAGAAGCCGACCAAGCGCGGAGCACCGGGAGUGCGUCGCCAGGAGAAGCCACCCUUCUCUUACAUCGCGCUCAUCCACAUGGCCAUUCAGAACUCGCCCACCAAACGCCUGACUCUGAGCGAGAUCUACCGCUUCCUGCAAGAGCGCUUCGACUUCUUCAAGGGCAGCUACCAGGGCUGGAAGAACUCGGUGAGACAUAACCUCAGCCUGAACGAGUGCUUCAUCAAGCUGCCCAAGGGCCUGGGCCGGCCGGGAAAGGGCCACUACUGGACGCUCGACCCGUCCGCCGAGUACAUGUUCGAGGAGGGCAGCUCGCGGCGCCGGCCGCGCGGCUUCCGACGCAAGUGCCGGCACUCGCCGCUGAAGCCGUUCGGUUACUUCCCGGCCGGCGGCGCCAUCUCCAGCACCGGCUACGACGCGGCGCAGGGCCUGCCGUCGGCGCAGCCGCCCACCUACAGCGGCAGCUACAGCGGCGACUACAGCCAGCUCAGCCCCACGGCGUGCACCUAUGGCCAGUCGCAGGCCGCCGGCAGCUACAGUCCGCUGAUCGGCCUGGCUGGCUCCUACAUGGCCGGCCCGGCCGGGGCCGCCGCCGGGCCCGCCGGGUACGACUACGGCCUACAGCCGUCCGCCGGCUACGGAGCGGGCUACAGCGACAAGGAGGCGGCCUGGUCGGGCCUCAGUGGGGUCACCGGAUCACCGCUGACCGGCUGUCUGCGGCCGCCGCACAGCCCGACGCCGGCUGAACAAGGCUCUCCGGGCUCUCUCUCUCCGCCCUCUGCCGACCCGUCGAGCGGCGCCGGCGGCUCUCUGUCGACCUCGGCCGCUCCGUCCUCGGGGUACACGCUAACACCCAUGUCCACAGCGUCCCCGCAUAUCACCUCCCACGGCCACCCGCCGCACCCGCUGCCCUCGCUGCACUGCGACUCAGAGUUUAGCACAGGUAUAUCCGGCCUGCCGCCCGUCAACCUGUACGACAAGAAGGCCAUGUUCUACCCGGUCACGCCCAACUAUGACGUCACCAGCGGUACACCAAUCAGCACGUACUACGACAGCGGUAUCAACUCGUACUCGGCUCCGAGCUACUCGAACCAGUGACUAGCGAAGAGCGGAGAGGAGAGAGCGUCUUUCUGGGUAUGCAAAUGACGCCGACAGAGGAGCGGGGCACCCCUCCGAAGGCAAAUGACGUCAUAAGGGGAUGGUUUGUUAUAAGCUAAUGCCAACGGUUUUUGUGAAAUAGUUAACCGAGCUGUUAUAGCUGCCACUAAACGGCAUUGGCUGUCUUCCGUCAGGCAAUGAAGUGCAGCAUCAGUGUAAUUAUCAACUCAAUAAUAUGCUGACAUUGUUUCUGAGCUCAAUGUUACCUAAAUGCUAACUGCCAACAGGUUCGCUGUUUGUUAUUUUAAUCAAUGCUAAAUCGUCGCUUGCGAGGAGCGUAAUCCUUCGUUGCCGGUUUGGCGUUCAUUUUUUCUGCAACUCGAGUUGCUUCUAAUGAUGUUUAUAUUAUUCCUAGCUCGAUGGUCGAGCACUGGGAAGUACCUAAUUGCUGAUAACGGAGGCCCCGAGUUGGUCAAAAAUGAUGUGGCCUUUAACGAAUUCGUCUUCAAUGUACGGCGUACUGCAACACAGGAGUGCGCCUUGUCUGCUGCGUUAUGGCACUCCUGCGCGAUAUUUGUCGCCAACUCUGUUUUAUAGCGUGUGUCUGCGCGAUGGCUGAUUGUUCACUCGGUGUUCGUAAUUGCUUCAGUGUUGUAAUGCGCUGCUCAAUAUGGGUUGGUGUGAAGUUGCCGCUGGGUGCUGCCCCGAUGACGUCACGGUCUGUUGUGUGGGCCGAUAGAUGAUGGAGGGCUACCGGGACCUGGUGUCAGAGUUGCAAUAAAUAUCGCCUGGACAUGA